GUGGAAUGAAAUGCAAAGCAUGCAAUUAGUACUACAACCCAUCCAAAAAUUUUGAGCAUUCCAAUUUCCCAUGUCAUUGAACGCUUUCAAGGAGGCGCUCAAGCCCUGCAAAUCCGUUCUAACCUCCUCCCAAUCUUCAUCCUCUUCCCAAAUUUCUCACCCCUCACUUCCAACAAGAAAACCCCCCAAAUCUUCACUUUCCCGCCAACUUCUCCGCCUCAACGAUCCCGCCCAUUUCUCGCCCCCAAACGAACUCAAUACCUCCAAUCCGGACCCCAAUUUAAACGCUGGAAGCAGAAAUUCUAAAUGCGAGGAGAAGGAGAAGGAGAAAGAGGCGGAAAUUCGACCAGUAGAUGUCAAAUUGGAGUCUUUUCGCUCGUUCGAUCACACCGGACCUUAUGAACCGCUUCUUCUGUCGUUGUCCGGUGAAAUUCCCGCUGUUCAGGUUCCGGCGUCGAUUAAUAGUCGACUUUUGGAACAUCAGAGAGAAGGGGUGAAGUUUUUGCAUAACUUGUACAAGAACAACCAUGGAGGAAUUCUCGGAGAUGAUAUGGGAUUGGGGAAGACCAUUCAAGCAAUUGCUUUCUUGGCUGCUGUGUUUGGGAAGGGUUCGGAUGAAUCGGAUACUGUUUUAACGUCUCGUGAUGGGAAUCGAGAUGAGACGAAGGGUCCCGUGCUAAUCAUUUGCCCCAGUUCUGUUAUCCUUAAUUGGGAAAGUGAGUUUUCCAAAUGGUCCACAUUUGGUGUUGCUGUUUACCAUGGCGUGAAUCGGGAUUUAGUGAUCGACAAACUAAAAGCAGGUGACGUUGAGGUUAUCAUUACCAGCUUCGACACGUAUAGAAUACAAGGAAGCAUUUUGUCAGAUAUCCAGUGGGAGAUUAUUAUUGUUGAUGAGGCACACCGGCUUAAGAAUGAGAAGUCGAAGCUAUAUACAGCGUGUAUGAAGAUUAAGACACUGAAGCGUUAUGGUCUUACGGGGACUGUGAUGCAGAACAAGAUAAUGGAAUUAUUCAAUCUGUUUGAUUUGGUGGCCCCUGGUGGCUUGGGGACACGGGAGCACUUUCGGGAAUUUUAUGAUGAACCUCUCAAGCACGGUCAAAGAUCAAGUGCUCCACAACGGUUUGUUCAGAUUGCUGAAGAGCGGAAACAGCAUUUAGUCUCAGUGCUGCAAAAGUAUAUGCUCAGAAGGACAAAAGACGAAACCAUUGGGCACCUCAUGAUGGGAAAGGAAGAUAAUGUUGUGUUUUGUGCGAUGAGUGAGUUGCAAAAACGAGUUUACCAGAGGAUACUGCAGCUACCCGAUAUCCAAUGCCUCAUCAACAAGGACUUGCCAUGCAGCUGUGGCAGCCCACUCAAACAAGCCGAGUGUUGUCAAAGAACGGUUCCAAACGGUAUGAUUUGGCCCUAUCUUCAUAGGGACAACCCCGAAGGUUGUGACUCGUGCCCUUUUUGCCUCGUUCUCCCUUGCCUGGUGAAACUCCAGCAGAUAAGCAACCAUCUAGAGCUCAUCAAGCCUAGCCCGAAGGAUGAUCAUGAUAAGCAAAUGAAGGAUGCGGAAUUUGCUUUUGCUGUAUUCAGCACCGACAUUGAUUCAGUAGGAGGCAGUGCCACUCAGAGUGGCAGCUUCAUGGGCCUUAGCGAUGUUAGGCACUGUGGAAAAAUGAGGGCUUUGGAGAGAUUAAUGCAUUCCUGGAUUUCGAUGGGCGACAAGAUUCUUCUCUUCAGUUAUUCAGUGAGGAUGCUGGAUAUACUCGAAAAGUUCAUAAUACGGAAAGGCUAUAGCUUUUCGAGACUAGAUGGCUCAACUCCAACUAGUGUACGGCAGUCUCUCGUGGAUGACUUCAACUCAAGUCCGAGUAAACAGGUGUUUCUCAUAUCCACUCGAGCUGGUGGGCUAGGGCUAAAUCUUGUGAGUGCAAAUCGGGUGGUGAUUUUCGACCCAAACUGGAAUCCUGCCCAGGAUUUGCAGGCGCAAGAUCGUUCGUUCCGUUAUGGCCAGAAGCGGCAUGUGACUGUUUUCCGUCUUCUCUCAGCUGGUUCUCUCGAGGAACUCGUCUACACUAGGCAGGUGUAUAAGCAGCAGCUCUCGAAUAUUGCCGUUGCAGGCAAGAUGGAGAAGCGGUAUUUUGAAGGCGUGCAGGAUUCGAAGGAGUUUCGAGGCGAAUUGUUCGGGAUCUGCAAUCUGUUCCGAGAUCUUUCUGAUAAGCUUUUCACUAGCAACAUCGUGGGAGUCCAUGACAAGCAAGGGAUCUAUUUUGACGAUCCUCCACAAGAAACGUCUGUAACAGCGGGGCGUUCAGAUGGAAGGAGAACGAAGGCAAAGCCAACGCUCGAAGAUCUAGGUGCUGUAUAUGCUCAUCGCAACGAAGACGUUGUCAACCUCAGGUCACGCUGUCUGGUAAACGAAAAACAAAGCUCGUCUCGAGAGCAAGACGACGAGCAGCCACGCCCACCUCCGGAAGAAAGAAAAGAAUCUGAUGCUGCAGCAGAAGCAGAAACAGUUGAAAUAGAGAUGGAUCCCCCAGUCUGUGAUGCAUCAAAGAAGAGGAAAAGUGACCAUUCUAGCCUUCUUGCAAUGUUCAUGGGCAUAGAUGAAGCAGAACUAAAUAAGUUAAUGCUGGCUUAGAUUCAUUCAUAUUUCAUGUGUGUGUAAAUAUGCAUGUACAAAAUGUUGUUGUAUCCAAUUUGCUUAGAAAUGGGACAUGUUUGGCUAUUUGAGGAAUACAAAUGCCCAGCUUUUGAGGGUGUUCUUGAAUUGAAUUGGGCAAACAAAUUCAGAGACUGUCACCUUUCCACAAAUAGAGAAUUGCACAAGCACAAGAGACAAUUGGCAACAGAGUCACAAAAACAGAUAAACUCACCCUGAAUGAAAAAGCAGUCAGAUAGUUUUCAAAAUUAGACAUUAAUUAGACUAUAUAUUACAUAAUCGUUACAAAAAUUUGGGGAAAUUUCAUUGAAAAUCGAGAGGGCCACCGCCGUUUUCCCUAUGCCUAACAAGGGCAAAAUAUCCAAGCACGGCGCAAACAGCGGCCACGAGAUUCCCUUCCUUGAUCAGCACCUUGACCACGAAUCCGGUGAUCUCCGCCGUCAAUUUCUUCCCCUCCACCACCAGCGUCUUCCUCGGCUUGCCGCAGAAGGUGAGCAGCACCAGCACGGUUAUCCACGUCACCAGCGUGGCCGGGACCGCGACCGCCAGCGCGGCGACCAUCGACAGAACUCCGAAGGCCAGGCCGAGGAGCGCGGAGGCGUAGAGCGCCGGCCAGCCCGACGGCGGCGCUGACUCGAAUUCGUACCAGGAGAGGACGGAUUUGAGGAAAUUCCAGGAGAGGAAGAGCAGGAGCGAGUAGACGGAGACGAAGAGGCAGACCCAGGUCCGGCGCUUGCUCAUGAGGCGAAGCAGCAGCGCCGUGGAAUUGGAGAGCUCCGGCGGCGGGGGAGCUCCGGCGGGGGAGUCCGCCAUGGAUUGAUUGUUGAAUUUGGGGGAAUAUGGUUGGAUCGAAUUGAAAUUGAGGUUUGCUUUUUGGGAGGGUUUUGUUUGCAGCUUGCUGCCUUUUUCUUUUUUCUGUUUUUGUUUUUUCACUUUCUCUUUUUGGUUUGUGUUUUUGAUGCGUUUCUUUGUUUGGUAGUUUUGCAGCAUACUAAUGAAAACUGGUGCUUUGGAAUUCAA